AUGGUCAAAGCAGCAAUCGGUCAAAUAUGUUCCACAGCAGACUUGUCGCACAACCUCGAACAGUGCAAGAUUCUUGUCAAUAAAGCUGUUGCUGAAGGCGCAAAGGUCCUCUUCCUUCCCGAAGCCGCCGACUAUAUUGGAGGCUCACCAGACGAGUCCUACAACCUCUGCAAAUCCGUCACUGAGUCGCCCUUUGUACUAGGUCUACAAGAGGAGGCGAAGAAGAACAACCUCUGCAUCAAUGUCGGCAUUCAUGAGCCCUCAGAAGCUCCAAAGAAGAUCAAGAACACUCUUAUCUGGAUUGACGAGAAUGGUAAAAUCACCCAGCGCUACCAGAAGCUCCACAUGUUCGACAUGGAGUUGGACGAUGGCCCUACCAUGAAGGAGAGUGAUACGGUUGAGCCCGGCAACAGCAUUCUACCUCCUUUCGACUCGCCUGUUGGCAGAGUCGGCAGUGCAAUCUGUUUCGAUCUACGCUUCCCCGAACUUGCUCUCGCCCUCAAGCGCCAAAAAAUCGACGUACUCUGCUAUCCUUCAGCUUUCGCUCCAGAUACUGGAAAGUACCACUGGCAUGCACUACUAAAGGCUCGUGCCAUUGAGACACAAUCAUAUGUUCUCGCUCCUGCUCAAGUUGGUCCUCACAACAAGAAGAGAUCAAGUUAUGGUCAUUCUUUGAUCGUCGACCCAUGGGGCAGAAUCCUUGCAGAGUUGGGCAGCCAGGAAGACUUUAAGAACAAGGGUGACUCGUGGGAGCCCGAGCUCGCUACCGCCGAUAUUGACCAUGAUCUAAUAGCAAAGAUCAAGAAGGGUGUACCCCUUCACAGAAGAACCGAUGUGUACGCCGAAGUGUAG